GGUAUAAAAUGGUCCAUAAAAAGCGUCCUAGAUCAGUACGUAAAGCACGAAAUGCAGCACUUGCUUUACAAGAAAAAAAUUACACUAAAACACCGCAUACUAUGGUUUUUUCACGUCCUGGUGUUGGCAGUUUAGUGAAACAAUUAUCACUUGAUGUUAGAGAGAUUUUUGAACCAUUCACAGCUAGUCGUUUACGUGUAACACGUAAAAAUGUACUGAAAGAUUUUAUUACUAUCGCUGGUCCAUUGAAUGUAACACAUUUAUUAUAUUUCACACAUCCACAUAGUGAGAAACGUGAACAGAAACGUGCUCGUCAGUUAGCUAAAGUUUCUUCGAAACAAUCACAAAAUGCCAAUCAAACAGCAAUUGAACAAAAUCCAAAUGUGUGUGAAGAAGUUACUAAUAAAAAUUUAAGUAGUCACGGUGGUGUGUAUUUACACAUGAUUCGUGUUCCACACGGACCUAGUCUUACUUUUCGUGUUGAUGAGUACUGUUUGAAACGUGAUAUUCAAACUUUAGUUCGUCGAGUUUUCGAUAGUCGUCAGUAUAGUUCACCGCCUUUACUUGUAAUGACUGGAUUUGGUAUGGGUGGUGCAAGCGCGAAUACAUCCGCUCCACUACCACAUCUACGUUUGAUUGUUGAUAUGUUUCAAAAUUUACUGCCACCAUUGAAUGUUCCAAAGCUUAAACUUAGUACAGUCAAACGAGUUCUACUUGUUAGCCGAGAAGUUGAUACUGCUUGCAUUGAUACUACUAAUGAAAAGAAUAGUAGUAGUAAUGAUACUGACAUAAAACAGCACGCACAACAACAACAACAACAGGUGAAUGAUGUUAUUUACAUUCGACACUAUCAUAUUCGUACUGAAAAUCGUUGUAUCAGUCGUGCACUACGACGUCUUGGUGUUGGCGGUGCAAAAAUGAAACGUCGACGUAUUGAAAAUUCGGACUUAAAAUCUGGAUGUGGUCCAAGCGGUUCAGGCAAAUCGACAGGUGUACCGAAUCUAGCGAAAUAUUCAUCUAUGGAUGAUUUUUUAACUAAAGCAGGACUUUUAUCCGAUUCAGCAUUGUCCGAUAUUUUAUCCGAUAUGGAAGAAGUUGAUCUAGUACCAGAUGUUAAUUUACCAAAUUCCGAAUUAUUUACUAAUAUUGAUGCAUUACAAUCUUUAUCAGAGAAAUCAUGUAAACGUAAUCAUCGUUCAACUGGUCCAAUUCAUGGUUUGAAACAUUUAGGCGCAGCUAAAAAAGCUACCAUACGACUUGUUGAAAUUGGACCACGAAUAACUUUAAAUUUACUUAAGAUAGAAGAAGGUGUCAACACCGGUACAGUUUUAUAUCAUCGUUGGCAAGCACGUACAUUAACUGAAUUAGCUUAUCAAUCGGAACGUUUAAGACAACGUGAGCUACUUCGUGCACAACGUCGUGCUGAACAUGCAGCCCGACGUGCAGCCAAUGAAGCUGAACGUGAAGCACAUCGUGCUAUUUGUCUUGAAGGAAUGAAACGUGCCGGUCAUUUACCAAUCGAUAAUGAAAUCAUUACUGAUGAUGAUAACAAAACUAAGACGGUGAAAUUUGAAUUAGAUGAAAUGAUAGAAAAGAAACCAUUAAAAAUUCAUGAAAAAAUUGUUAUUCAACCGAAGAAAUCAAUUGUUAAGAAAGCAUUCAAAAGUAAUCUCAUUGUAAAAAAGAAGCGAAAAUAAUGUCAACCAUUGUUUUGAUUUCAUUUAUGUACAAGUAAAUAAUACCAUGUUAUGUCUAUUUUGUAAAUAUCUGUAAAUCACUUUUUUUUUCUCAACUGAAUGAAAUAAAAUUAGUCUUGAAAAAAAAACAAACAUAAGGAGGAACAUCUUUGGUGAUAUUGUGGCCAACGUAAUAGAGAGGUGUAGGUAGGAGAGUUAUGUUUGUGACUGCUUAUCUAAGAUUGCAUCAGGUGUUUUUCUAAUAAUUAUAAUAAUAAUAAUAAUAA